CGGAGAUGUCGACCUCGCUGUUGGUACGGUCUUUACGACCGUCUACCUCUUAUACAUCACUCUGUGCGAGUUCAACACCAUCAAGAAGAUGUUUGCAUGCUUCUACCCCUGCCUUUGCGAGCAAGAAGAAAAAGGCAAAGGAGAUCAACGAACAGGCGAUGUCCAUUCCCGACGCAGUAUUCCUUCUGAAGUCUGUGGAAGUGGCUCGACCCAAUAAUGCGAUCGAGUUGACCGUGAACACAGACUUCACGCGUGGUGAAGCAGCCAUGCGUGGUCGGCUCUCGUUUCCCCGCGAUCCUCGCACGGAGGACGUCAAUAUGCUCGUAUUCUGUGACGGACCACAGGUGGACCAGGCGUUGGCAGCUGGCGCAACGUGGGCCGGAGGAGAAGAUCUAGUGGAAGGUGUGUUGAAUGGCAAAAUCCAGCCGACAGCUGUGCUCGCCACGCCAAGCAUGGCGCCCACUAUCGCCCGACUCGCACGUACGCUCGGACCCAGGGGUCUCAUGCCCAACGCAAAGCGUGGCACGCUCGUGACAGACGUGGUUCAGGGAAUCCAAGAGGCCAAGGGCAUGUCAUCGUGGAAAGUCGACAGAUCCGGUGCGGUGCGUACCAAGGUCGCAAGGGUACAUUUCACGACGGAAGAGAUUGAGAAGAACAUUGCGGUGCUUCUAGACAAUAUCAAGAGGGGAGGCAACGAAAAGAAAGCAAGCUAUGAGACGGGCAGAGUAUACGCUAUCCAGCAGGUGUACAUAAGCUCGACCCAAGGGCCCGGCAUAGAGCUCCGGGAUUACUCAAUCUGAGUGGGGCAGGCAGAAUGUACACAUAAUGCAAUAUCUAAUACAGGUUCUCAUAAGGCUGCCUUUCUUUGCUCAUUUU